AUGGCACUUAAACGUAUUCAAAAGGAACUUUCAGAAAUCAGUAGAGAACCACCUGUUGGAAUUAGUGCAGGACCUGUUGAGGACGAUGACUUAUUCAGUUGGGCCGGUAAUGGAUCAAUUUGUGUUGAUUUAUUAAAAACUGAUGUCUGGAAGCCAUCAACAAAGAUUACACAAGUUCUUAAAUCUAUUGCCAGUCUUCUUGAACAUCCUAAUCCUGACGAUGCUUUAGUGGCCUCUAUUGCUGAAAUUUAUAAUACAAACAAGUCAAAAUUUGAUAAAACUGCUAAAGAUUUUGUGAAAAAGCCACCCAUAAUAAUAUCAUCGUUAUCAAAUAAAAAAAGAUAUUUUCAAAACAUUUUCAACCCUUCUUCAAAAAAGGAAAAACAACAAGAAAAACCAUUACUUGCACCCGAUAAAUUAUUUCAUCCAUUGUCAAAAUCUCCAAUAAAAGAAAUUCAACAGAAAUCAAAACUGAUUCGUCAACACGGUAAAUGUCCCGUAUGCGAAGAAACUUUAUCAAAAGAGCUUAGAAAACAACCUGUUUAUGAAUGUGAAGAUUGCGGAUUCCCUACUCAUUGCUCGAGAGAACAUUAUUUAAAAGAUCUAGAAAAUCAUAAGAAACAUGUCUGUGAUAUGUUAAGAGAAGUUAAUGAGGAUGAUCAUGAUUUGAAAAGUGGAAGAAAGUUGAUUGAAUUAGAUUUUCCAGAAACUCAACCGGUUGAUGAAGCGGUAAAUAUGUUAAAUUGGAAUACAUUUUUUUAUACAAGAGGGUUUCCUAGCAUUGAUUCUGAACGUUCUUUAAGACAUAUCUCUAAAGUUUUGACAUUUCCAAUAACUAUUGGAUCAAUCUUGCAUAAAUAUAGUCCAUAUAUUCUUAAAAAUCGUUUAACAUUAGAAGGACUAAAAUCUUUAACUGCAUUACGAUCAACAUUAUAUUCUACACAAGUGAAUAACAGCAUUAAAUCAAUUAAAAUGGUAAACGCUAUAAGGGUCUUUAUAAUAGGAGCACGUGGAGAAGCACAAUUACCGUUAAAUGUGUACACACAAUUAUCCUAUUUAUUUCCAGAUUCGAUUAUCCAUAUAUAUUUCAUUGGUCCUGAAUCAAUAUUACCAAAAAAAGAUCAACCAGAUUCAUAUAGCAAAAGUUAUAAUUAUAAAUUAGGUUUUACAUGGAACAAUUCAUCAUAUGAAGAUUUUCAUGAUACAGCCAAGCCUUUUGAUCCAUAUUAUGAUGUAUUCUUUUUAUUUAGCCCGGGAAUUGGACAACAAGAUGGUAUGGAUACUUGGGAAACUUCAUUGAGAAAAUUAUUGACAACUAAAUGUGGAAUAUUUAUAACGGGAUUUGAUGAGAGCGAUUUGUUAAAGGAUUUUAAAGCGAUAGAAAAUAAUGAUGCAUUUGAAUUCGAUUUGUUGUUAGAACCAGGUGAAAACAUUUACAAAAGUCUAAGAAGAGAAAUUAAUCCUUUGGAUGUUAGAGAAGGUAUUUAUACAAAUUGGGGAAUAUUUGGCAUAAGAGGUAAAAGGUACGAUGUGAAUGUUUAUGGUGAUGAAGAUACUGAACUUGUAGGUGAGGAGGAAGAAGAAGAAAUAAUUCAUGAAAUAAAGAAAUUAGAGAGUGGCACUAAAAAGAACUGA